GGUGCCCUGCCAUCCGAAUGGAUGCUCGCUGGGGGGGCGCCAGAUGCCGCCGUGCCGGCGGACCCGGUCGCGGCGCCCGACGCGGGGCUGCGGUCGGAGCCGGCGCCAGCACCGCAGGCGGCGGGCGCGCCCAAACCCCCGUCGUGGGAGAUGCCGGAGCGGCGCCCGCACACGCUGGAGGUGGAGCUGGACGAAUUGGAGCUGCUGCCUGCCGCUCCCAACCUCGCGCCCUCGUGGUACGAGGGCCUUCGGUACUACGUCUCCUUGCACCCGACCUCCGAGCAGUACGAGGACGUCCCCGCGCCGCGCGAGGCGCCUCGCGCCACGGCGGACGGCAGCCACCUCGUCUCGCAGAUGCAGCCGCCCAGGAGUCCCGAGGUGCAGGUCGAGGGCCCGGCCGCGGGCGCGUGCCCCGUGGUGCGCUUUGGCGAGAGCCUCGUGCUGCGCCUGGAGCAGUUCGAGAGCGGACUGGUCGCCUACGUCUGGGCCCGGAAGGCGUCAGUGCUGGGCGAGACGUUCACGCUCGUCGGGCGCGCCACGGCUCCCCUGCAUAGGUUCGACCUCCAGCGCCGCCCGGCGGCCUGGCAGGUGCUCAGCCCCGUCGGCGGCUCGCCCGUGGCCCUGCUGAGGCUAAAGUACGCCAUCUGCACCACGCCGGGCGCCGUCGGCCGGCCCGCAGUGGCCGACGCCCAGCAGACGGAGCUGCGGAUCCGGUGGGCCGCGCCGGAGAAGGACCACGGGGCCCCCGUGGUGGGCUACAGGCUGGCCAUCGCCAUGCCCAGGGCCGGUCCGAACGAGGCCCCGGAGUGGCUGACACUCUGCGAGUGCACCAAGUCCCUGAAGCCAGUGUAUGUCAUCACAAACUUGACGGGCAACACGACUUACGCCGUCAGCAUCCAGGCGGUCAACAAAGUCGGAGCCGGCGAUCCCUGCGAGUUCCAGGUGUCCACCGCGCCCGUGCCGCCAGGCCCACCGGGCAGGCCGCGGAUCGAGGAGGUGCGCGACGGCUGCUUCAGUGUGGCCUGGCGCCCCGCCCAGUGCGACGGCGGGUGCCCGAUCAUAGCCUACAAGGUCCGGAUGCGCAAGAUCCUGGGAGCGACGAGGUGGAACCCAUUCGGGCCUGGUGAGUCGCAGGCUUCCUGGUCGGACAUGGGCACGGUGGCGACAGGGCAUCCUAACAAGAGGGGCGACCAGGUGGUCUCCACUUGGAUUGGCCCACUGGAGCCAUGCGCCUGCGAGUACCGCUUCCAGGUCGUGGCGCUCAGCCGCGCCGGGGAGGGCGUGGGGUCCGAGCUCAGCGAGCCCCAGUACACGUGA